CUGAAGACAGGGCAGCGCCGACGUUUUCAACCAUUGAUUCUUCGCCACGCCAAGGGUUCACGUGUCGUUAUGCUGUGUCGCGAUGCCAGAUCAGCUGCUGUGAUUGGUAGAUUGCAGGGGUCGCGGAGGACGCGGCAACAGCAGAGCAAAGGGUGCCGUUGAACCGCUGUGGAAGGUGACAUUGGAACAGGAAAUCUAUUGAAGAUUUAAAAGCUGGUCAUCACAGAAGAGAACAGAAGAAGAAGAAGAAGAAGAAGAAGAAGAAGAAGGAGAGUCAUCAACAUUCACAGGGCAUAAUCUUGUAUCAGAACUAUGCUUGCUUUUACACGUUGCUUUUGCUUGAAGAAGGCUAAGCAGCAUCCUGGGUACGAGGACCCCACUACUCUUGCUUCUGAAACACCUUUUACUGUAAAUGAGGUCGAGGCAUUAUACGAUCUAUUCAAGAAACUAAGCAGUUCCAUAAUUGAUGAUGGUUUCAUACACAAGGAAGAAUUUCAGUUUGCUCUUUUCAGGAACAGAAGUAAGCAGAGUCUCUUUGCAGACAGGGUGUUUGAUCUUUUUGAUAUUAAGCAUAAUGGGGUCAUUGAAUUUGGAGAAUUUGUUCGAUCAUUAAGCAUUUUUCACCCAAAUGCUCCCAACGAAGACAAAAUGGAAUUUGCAUUUAAAUUGUAUGAUCUAAGGCAGACUGGCUACAUUGAGCGUGAAGAGUUGACGGAGAUGGUUUCAGCUAUUCUUAAUGAAUCGGAUCUGGAAAUUUCAGAAGACAUUGUUGAAUCAAUCGUGGAUAAGACAAUGGCAGAGGCAGAUUUGAAAGGAGAUGGGAAGAUUGAUAAAGAAGAGUGGAAGGAAUUUGUAGCCCGGAAUCCAUCAAUCCUAAGAAACAUGACUCUUCCAUACUUAAAGCAGAUAACUCUAGCAUUUCCCAGCUUUGUGCUGAACUCUGAGGUACAAGAUUCAGAUAUUGUAGCCUAAGAGACCUGGACUUCAUCCAUCUCCGUCACCGAAGGUGCUGAACACAUUUAGAAGCAUUCACUGUUGAGAAGUGUAACUUCAGAGUGGAUCAGUGAUGAUAGAAGAGCCUAAAAAUGUAGUUACAAAUAAGAUCAGGCUGAUAAGUAGUGUACUUCGUCUAUCAGAAAAUAAAUAAAUAGCGUACUUCUGUUCCUUUUGUUGAUC